AUGGAUUCCAACACCUGGUUUGCCCAGAUUGAACAGAUCAUGCAGGCUAAAAAAGCACUUGCGAAGCAGCUAGAACCCUCAGAGAAAUCUCUCACCCCGGCAAUCGCACACUCCACCUCUCGCACACCCUCCAGCCCCGAAUUCCUGCCCAACCAUCCCUCAUCCCGUCCAAGGUCAAACCACAACAACUUAGUCAAUUUAAAUUGGUCAAAAAUUCACAAGUUCGAUAUUGUUUCAAUUGCUGGAAGCAGGGAUUUUAUGAUGGCAAAGAAAUACACCGAAGAAAACCUCCAAAAAGCCAUCAGCGCCAUCAGAAACGGAAGCAUGUCCGUACGGAAGGCAGCCGAAGAGUGGGGCGUACCCCCCUCAACCAUUCAGUCCCGGAUCAAGAAGGGUGUCCGACCCAAGGGCGAAUACGAAGCUACUGUAUUGCAACAGCUUUCGCCUACCCAGGAAAAGCAUCUGGCGGCCUGGAUCACGAUACAAGAGGACUUAGGCGUCCCUGUUUCCCAUCGCCAGAUUCGCUUAUUCGCCGACCGUAUCCUCCAGGCAAACGGCUCCUCAGAGACGGUCGGGAACGGCUGGCUUCCUCGAUUUUUCAAGCGCCACCCAGAAGUUAAGACCAAGAAGGCGAAGCGAGUUGACUACAAGCGCAUUGAAGGGGCAACGACUGAGGUUAUUAGGACCUGGUUUGAGAAGCUUGUGCUCCCUGCUAUUGAGGACAUGCUGCCCGAGCACCGGGGUAAUAUGGACGAACUUGGAGUGAUGGAAGGUAUGGGAACAAACGGUUUAUGUGUUGGAAGACAGGAGACCAGAGUUGCUAUCGCCAAGAGUCCAGAGAACCGGAUCUGGAUCACGAUCAUCGAAUGCAUCACGGCAGCGGGUCAGUCGCUCCCCCCCUGCCCCCUGAAGAACAGCUACCGCCGUUACCUUAACGAUAUCAUCCUUCAACGCAACGGACUCCCUCUCAACAAGCAGGACUUCAUCGUCGCCUAUGCUAGAGCCAGGGAAGAUCUGAUGUACAGCAAAAAUGUUAGAUCUGGAUGGGAGGCAUCUGGUCUCUGGCCCCUCAACAUCGAGAAGCCUCUCGCGAGUCGUUUUGUCGACGUAGGACAACCCAGACAGGUUUCCACGCCUCGAAAACGACGCCAUCGGUGA